CUUCUAUUUUGUGCGAACCCGCGGAUUGACCUGUACAUCUUUACUAACGCCUUCCACUGCCCCAUCGACCACAUACGUUACCAAGUCAUGAAACCACGACGCUCCCAUACAAAGUCACGCAGCGGAUGCCGAGAGUGCAAGCGUAGAAAAGUCAAGUGCGAUGAAAGGCUCCCCUCCUGUUUUAAUUGUGCCCGUCGUGGCAUGACAUGUAGCCUGACCUCAUCUGAACAGUCGCCUCAGAACAUAGAGCCCGUCCGUCAGGCUGGGAUAGAUAUCACGCAAACCAAUCCGACUCCUGAUGGAUUAUCCGUGGCUAAAAUAUGGAGUACUCCGUUGCCGGGCGCGUCUCUGGACUUCCAAGACCACGGCCUGGAACUGAUGCAUCAUUACUCCACCAUUACAGCCAACAGCCUUGCCUUGAGACUGGAUAUGCAACACAUCUGGCGCAUGGUCCUCCCCGAGAUGUCAUAUAACGCGCCGUUUCUCUCCCACGGCCUACUGUCCGUCGCCGCUCUGCACAAAGCUCACCUGCUACCUGCAAGAAGGGACAAGUAUCUCGAUCUCGCAGCCUAUCACCAGACCCGCGGCAUGGAAGGCUUCCGCAGUGGAUUUUCUAGCAUCGACGAAAAGAACUGGCACCCUGCGUUCUGCUUCUCAUCCACAAUCGUCAUAUAUGCGUUUUCACAGGCGGGUCGGACCGCAGAUUCCAUGGCGGAUAUUUUGCAGAUCUUUGUCUUGAUACGUGUUAUUCGCUCUAGUCUCUUGGGUGCGGGGCGCAACCUUACGCAGACGCCUUUCUCGGCAUGGGCGAAUGGGAUCUGGAUAGUCGGAGAGAAUGAUGAGGCAUCUUAUGAUUUCGACCCGCCUUUGGAUCACAGCGCUCUACCUCUGGACACAUUUCAGGCACUGCGUCGACUCUUCGCUUUUUAUCGCACGAACCUAUUAGACUGUAACAGGGAAGACUAUGAGUUUGCUACACUGCAACUGCGAAAGUCGGCUAUCCUCGUCGCACAUGCUGGUUCACAGGCAGAGAUCGGUAUGGUCAUGUUCUUCCCAUAUGUCAUCUCUGCAAAUAUCAUGUCAGACAUCCAAGCCAACGACCCGUGCGCUCUUGUCCUGCUAUCUUACUUCUCAGUGCUUCUAAGCCUCGUUGAACGGCAGUUUUGGUAUGUUCAGGGUUGGUCUCGGAGACUCAUAGAGGCCACUGACUUGCUGUUGGAUGGUGAUACCAAGUUUUCUAAAGUUGCAAAGUGGCCUAAGACUGUCAUAGCUAGGUAUAAUAAGAGUUGA